UAGGGCGGGGCGAACCAGAGAACCUGUCAGCGUCCUAAAUCGGCUUAUUGGCGGUUUUACAUCUAAUCCCUUAUUGGCUGGAAAGCCCAGCUCAGGCUUCUUCAUUGGCCCGUGCAUUUGAGGAGCGGGAUUUUGUGCUCCCUUCUCGCUUGCCUCUCUCUGAUUGGUCGCUUCCUCGCAACCUUGUCGUCGUAUUGGCUCUUGUUUCGAGUUAGAAAAUUGAUCGGCUGGAGCGGCACCCAAUCAUGGCGCAUAGAACACAAUUGGGGGUGGGGGGCAAAUAAACCUGUGCUCUGACUGGUUCAGUGGUGCCGGACGGUGAUUGGCUCCGAAAGAGGCACCGUCUCAGUUUGAAUGGCUGGGCGUGGCCGGCGAAGUGGCUGCUCCUUUGGCAGGACUUCAAGCAAAAGAUGUUGUUGUGAUUUAGCCGGAACCUAGAACAAUGGCCAAAUAUAAGAAACGGUGGCAGAAAAUGAGAGCUAGGGCGAAACAUCUGAUGAAGAAGAGAAAAGCCAUCCUCCAGCCGGAGUCCUCCAAUGCUCCACCUCCAGAGUCGCCAGCUCUACCCUGCAGCCAAAGGAAAUCUUUCGGCUCCUCCUGGCGCUCAGCUUUGCCUAGAGUACUGGAAGCUGGGCAGCUUCUGGUAACCACAGCACUAAGUGUUUACCGGUGGUGCCAGAAUGGUGCCGCACAGAUUUUCCAGGUCAUCAAACAGUCCAUAUUUCCGUGUCAUGGGUGUCGGCAGGAGCUGAACGACCUCAGAGAGCGGGUGGAGCACCUGGAGGUAGAGCUGGCUCGACUCCCAUCAGCAGUCCAGGAUGGGAGGAGUGUUGCUGCCUCAGGAAAGCCCCCGUGCCAAGGGUCGGAGGAGCUGGUCUUGGCUGUCCCAACGCAGAAACAGCUCAGCCUUGUGGGAGCAGUGGCGCCCCCUGCCUCGCUGCUGCCGCCGCCGCCGCCACCCCCUCCUUCACCCCCACCUCUGCCACCGCCCCCUCCGCCAGCACCUCCCUGCCUCAGAAGGACGGAUCCCAGUGCCAAGGCCCAGGUUGCCCCGUUAAAAAAAGCUGCGCCCACACAAGUCACACUCAAGGAUCUCUUAAAUGUGAAGCUGAAGAAGACACACAGCCACACAGGAACCGGCGAGGGAGGCCAGAAGGCAUCAGAGUUCCCAAAGCACAGAGCACUUGUUACAGCCUCGGAUCUGCAAAGCGUCCGUCUGAGGUCCAAAGCCCCACAGCCGGCUCUUCGCCUUGCAAGCAACACUCCCAGCAGAAGUCACUUAGAUUUCCGGAAACAUCUGAAGAAGGUUGCUAUCCAGAGGAGCCCAGGUGGGACCCCUUUAACAAACAAGGAGAACGUUGAGACUGGUGUGGGAUUGACGCCUAUCAUGACCCAGGCACUACGGCGCAAAUUUCAGCUGGCUCACCCCAAGAGUCCCUCUCCAGGCCAGGUGCCCCCGGGCAGCAGCUUCGAGGGGCACAGCUAGCCCGGCGGACCCCGACGCCUUGAAGCCUCUCCCGGCACCACGACUCUCUCCUCGACUGCGCAGGACCUGGCCGGAAGGAGCCUCUCCGGAAGAAACCGCAUGGGGAAAGGAUCCGCUGCGCAGUCCUCGGAGCUUUGCUCUUCACCCCCAUGGGAGUCCGGGCCCGUCCCCGCCCUGUCCUCCCACUUUUAAUGCCUUAGCAGCUGCACCAGCAUGGCAGCUGGGUUGACAGGCAGCUCUGUGGCAUUCAGCACUGCUUAGGGGCGCCCAGACCCCACAUGCCUGGGAACUGGGCAUUUCUCACCAGUUAGUGUGCCCUGUGACCAGGAAUGCCAGCUGGGAUUGACUAAGAUUCCCAUCCUCCCCAGCUGCCUCUGGCUGGGGAGGAUGGGAGAUGUAGUCAACCACAGCUGGGCAUCCCCGCUGCAGGGAACCCUGAUCCUAACCCUCUGCGAUGGUGCAUAUUGGACCUAGAACAGGCCUGCUUAACUGAGGCCCCCCCAGCUGUUCUUGGACUACAACUCCUAUAAUCCUUAGCCACAGCGGCCAGUAGCUAGGGAUUAUGGGAGUUGUAGGCCAGACAGGCUGAAGUUGAGCAGCCCUGACCAGUGUUCCCUGGGACAGGGAUGUCCAGAGGUUGUUGACUACAGCUCCCAGAAUCCCCAGCUGCAGUGGCCUUUGGCCAAGGGUUCUGGGAAUUGUGGUCAGCACCUUGGAAACCUUGUUACAGAGAACACUGGCCCUGUACUUACUGGAGUUUCAAAUGGUCUCUUUUUAAAAACUGUUUUUACUGUUUUAAAGACUUCUCUGUAUCAUGUCACAGGAAGGAAAUUGACCUUGACUCUUAAGGCGGGAGUAAGGCAGGCCUGCUCAGAUUUGGCCAUCCUGCAGAUGUUAGCCUACAGCUCCCAUAAUCCGUGGCUAUUGGCCACUGUGGCUGGGGAUUAUGGGAGCUGUAGUCCAAAAACAGACGGGGGGGGGCCUAAAUUGAGCAGGUCUGGAAUAAGGUGACCACGGGUGGUAGAGAGUCUAGGGUUUCUAACACUUUGUUACUGUAUAUGCUGCAUUAAGAGCAGCUAUGACUGUUAACGCAUUUUCCUGUUUUUAUUUAGGGCCAUGAGGCAGCCAUAAUGUCUUGUCUGCUGCUAUUUAUCCAUGUAAAUUCAAUUGCUUCUCUACCUGCUACAUAGUUCAAAACAAACACGGGUAUGAAAAACUUGAAACCAAUGUUGUUGUGAAAUGACAGGGAUUUGCACCAGUAUUAUUAAACCAGGCAUCACAUCCA